AUGCUCCAGGUGUGGGUGAAGGUGGCGGUUGGCUCCUUUGCAGACUUUUUGGAGAGGGCUGCCAAUGUUUUAAUGGGUUUGGAGUCAGAGUCUUUUGUAUGUAGUUGCUGGAAAGUAUGGCAGUUGCGCAACUUCUAUAUCCAUGGUAAACCGCAAGCUUCUGUGGAGCUGAUCGGGUGCCUCGGUAUCUUAGGUGGAUUAAACCACCUGCUGGACAAUUGGUUUUGCAUUGUGAUGGUAGUAGGUGGUUUGGUUCGUGAUUGCCAUGGCGAGUUUUGUUGGGGUUUUGCGGCUGCUAGCUUGGAUGGUUCUAACGUUUUGAGAACUAAGUUGGUGGCUAUUUGUAGCGGGCUACUUUUGGCAGCUGCUAAAGGUAUGGUUUAUUUGACUAUCGCUUCUGAUUCACAAGAAGCUGUGAAUAUGAUUAAUGGCACUGAUGGGUGGUUGAGUAAUUUGGGUAAUCUAGUUGAUGAUGUAAACACGAAAAUCCUGUGGCAAAUGAGAUAA